UGCAGUAUAAAACCCAGAGAUCCUUUCUCAACUAUGCAACACAAGUCUUAGUUCUAUCCUUUUUUUCCUCCAAAACUCAAAAUGAGAAGCUCUUGGAAUUUGGGGCAAUGGCCUCUACUUGCAUUUGCUUUGGCAAUUUGUUUUGUAGCUAGCACUGUUGUUGCUGAUUACUCUUAUGGCUAUACUUCUCCCUCACCUUCUUACAACUCUAAGAAGUACUACAAAUCACCAUCGCCAUCCAAUUAUCAUGUACCCAGUCCAUACUACAAGAAACCGGAGAAACAUGCUGAACAUUCUCCAUCACACUAUUACAAGUCACCGGUGCCUUCCAAGCAUGACUACUACAAAUCACCUUCUCCUUCAAAGCACUACUACAAAUCGCCAGUAGCAGUGAAGUAUUACAAAUCACUGGCCCCAUCAAAGCACUAUUACUACAAAUCACCAUCCCCUGCAAAGUACUACAAAUCUCCAUCACCUGCAAAAUACUACAAGUCGCCUGCUCCAUCAAAGCACUAUUACUACAAGUCACCAUCCCCUGCAAAGUACUACAAGUCUCCAUCGCCUGCAAAAUACUACAAGUCGCCUGCUCCAUCAAAGCACUAUUACUACAAAUCACCAUCCCCUGCAAAGUACUACAAAUCUCCAUCGCCUACAAAAUACUACAAGUCACCUGCUCCAUCAAAGAACUAUUACUACAAGUCACCAUCCCCAUCAAAAUAUUACAAAUCACCCACUCCUUCUAAAUACUAUAAAUCGCCGCCACCACCAAAAUAUUACAAGUCACCCGUUUACUACAAGUCUCCUCCACCACCACCAACUUAUUAUGAGAAAUCGCCUUCUUACUACAAGUCCCCUCCCCCUCCACCAUACUACAAAGAAUCUACGCCUUCUUAUAAAUCCCCUCCUCCACCAUACUACAAAGAAUCUACCCCUUCUUAUAAAUCACCUCCACCUCCCCCAUACUACAAAGAAUCUACCCCUUCUUAUAAAUCCCCUCCCCCAUACUACAAAGAAUCUACGCCUUCCUAUAUAUCUCCUCCCCCUCCACCAUACUACAAAGAAUCUACCCCUUCCUAUAAAUCCCCUCCACCUCCAUCAUACUACAAAGAAUCUACGCCUUCCUAUAAAUCCCCACCACCUCCACCAUACUACAAAGAAUCUACACCUUCGUAUAAAUCUCCUCCACCUCCACCAAAAUACUACGAGAAAUCACCUGCAGCCUAUGCUUCACCUCCACCCCCACCACCAUACUAUUAAUAGUUACUAAUUCUAUCAUUUCCACCAUUUCCAUGAAUUCUAACUUCUACUUCCAGUAUCUCUAUUUCCUCAGCCAAAAUUUUAUGUAUGCUUCAAGAAGGUUUUGCUUGUUUUGUGUGUUCCUUUCUUUUAAUAAUUUGUAAUAUGCAUUGUUUGAGAUCCUCAAGAUCUCCCUCAGUUUGGUUCAUUUGUAUCAAGAUUCUUUUUGGUGUAAUCUCUUGAGAGUUCCACUUUAUGUAAUACUAUUUUCUUCUUUAUCAAAUACUGUUUGCUCUUAUUGGUUGAGUUCUUUCAAUGUUCAAUAAGCAUUC